AAAUUAGCCGUCUUUCACUUCUCUUUUUCCCUUUAUCCAUCUUUCGUUCUCUCAAAACCCCGCGGCCGCCCUUCCACCGUCCUCCACUUCUCGCCGCCAUAGCACCUUUAUAUUCGGCUAAAAAACAACUCACCGAAAAGCCAACCAAAAUCCUUAAAUCUUAAGAUGCAACCACCGACACCCCCCGCCGGCGCCGGCAACGGAACACCCACAACCAAUGAUAUAACAGCACAACAACAACAACAACAACAACAAUGGUUGGCUAUGCAACAAUAUCAACACCAACAAUGGUUGGCUAUGCAACAAUAUCCGGCAGCUAUGCAUCCAGCUGCCGCCGCCGCCAUGAUGUAUCAACAGCCGCCGCCACACUAUUUACCUUAUUAUCAACAACAACAUUAUCAACAACAACAACAACAACAUAAAAGUAAUCAUAAUAAUAAUGUUCAGAAUUCAAGCGAAGAUAAUAAGACUCUUUGGGUUGGCGAUUUACAACAUUGGAUGGAUGAAUCUUACCUUCAGUCCUGUUUUGGUCAAACCGGCGAGGUAGUAUCUAUAAAGGUGAUAAGAAACAAGCAGACUGGUCAUUCAGAGAGAUAUGGAUUCAUCGAGUUUGCCUUUCACGAAGCUGCUGAGAAAGUUCUUCAGACUCACAACGGGAGUAUGAUGCCAAAUACAGAUCAAGUUUUUCGUUUGAACUGGGCAAGCUUUAGUACGGGUGAAAAACGCGCAGACACUGGUUCAGAUCUAUCCAUAUUUAUAGGUGAUUUGGCUCCAGAUGUUAGUGAUGCAAUGUUGUAUGAAACAUUUGCUGGUCGAUAUUCAUCUGUCAAAGGUGCAAAAGUAGUUGUUGAUACAAAUACCGGAUGUUCCAAAGGUUAUGGGUUCGUGAGAUUUGGUGACGAGAAUGAGAGAACAAGAGCUAUGAAUGAAAUGAAUGGCCAAUAUUGUUCAAGUAGGGCUAUGCGCAUUGGUGUUGCAACCCCUAAGAAACCACCUACUCAACAACAAUAUGGACAGAGUCAAUUUCCAUCUCAAGCUGUUUUAUUGACUGGCGGAAAUGGUUCAUUUGCACCUCAAAACUCCCAAUCUGAUGGAGAUUCUUCAAACACAACUAUUUUUGUGGGAGGACUCGACUCAGAAGUCACUGAUGAGGACUUGAGGCAAACAUUUUCUCAGUGUGGCGAGAUUCUAUCGGUUAAAAUUCCCGUUGGAAAAGGAUGUGGAUUUGUGCAAUUUGCCAGCAGAAGCAGUGCUGAGGAUGCAGUUCAGAACAUGCAUGGCACGGUGAUCGGCAAGCAAACUGUUCGUAUAUCAUGGGGUAAAACUCCUGCUAACAGACAGAGAAUGGGUGGUAACGGUGGUAACUACUACAUGAAGCAAGGUUAUGGGGGUGGCGGCUAUGGUUAUGGAGGACAUCAGAAUCAGGAUGCGGGUAUGUAUGGCGCUCCAGAUGGAUCGGCUUAUGGGUCAAAUGGAUACGACAACCAUCAGCAACAGCCUGUUAGUUAGCUAAUCUUCUUGGAAUACACUGCCAGCUAUUUGAUUUGAAUCUGAAAACCAUAUGAUGAGAUUUUAAAGACUUAUUAUAUUCCUUUAAUGGGAUACAAAUAUCUAUGAAUGUAACUGGAAUUUUGUGAGCUGAAAAAACCAUUUUUUUUCCCUUUUCUUA